AUGGCUGCCGCCGACUCGGCCACGGCCUCCUCCUCCUCCUCCCCGGAGUGCCCCGCCGCCCCUUCCAUGCCGACGGACCCUGACUUCCUCAGCUGCGUCCUACAGCCACCGGCCUCCUCCUCGUCCCGCCCCGACGCCGAUUACGCUGCCCUCCGCCGCCUCCUUCUCCGCCGCAAGCCCCCCUCCGCCCUUCAGCACCGAAUGGAGUGGCGGUGCAACGGCAAGGGCUAUGUCGCCUACCGCAACUUUCUUCUCCGGCGCAUCGACGGCGGCAGCGCCCACAGCACGCCCAGCAACAGUGGAAGGUGGGCUCCCUCUCCAGUACAUGCUACACUCUCCGAGGCAGACAGCUGGAGUUAUAUGCGGGACUUGAGAAGUAACAGCGGUGUGUUAAGCCGCACCGUAAGUAUUGGCUCAAAGCAGAGUGAUACUGAGCGGCAUGUCAGAUUUGCCGAGCCUGCAUACUCAUUUGUUGGAAUGCAUUGCAUCUUUGACAACUGCAAAGCCUCAGUUACGAUACUGAAAUUUGGCCGUGCAAGUUCCGACCUGCUUGCAUAUGGUGCAGCAGAUGGCAGCUUGACAGUCUGCCAGGUUUCUGAGCCACCAUCUGUUCUUCAAAAAAUGAUAGGGCAUUCUAAAAAUAUCACAGAUUUUGAUUUUUCAUCUAAUAACCAGUACAUAGCUUCAUGCUCUCUGGAUAAAACUGUACGAGUAUGGGAAAUCUCUAAAGGCACAUGCAUCAGGGUCGUCUAUGGAGUUUCUUCCCAGCUAUGUAUCUGUUUUCAUCCUGUGAACAAUAAUUUGCUUUUAGUUGGCAAUGCAAACAAGGAAAUCAAUGCAAUAAAUUUUAGCACUGGGAGAGUAAUCAGCAAACUUAACUUUGAUGAUGCGGUUACAGCUUUGGAUAUUGAUCACACUGGGCAGUUUAUUUUCGCUGGUGAUGCACAGGGUUACAUAUAUACUGUUAGUGUGAACUCACAUACAGGGUCAUUAUCUAGAACUCACAAGAACAAAAGUAAUAAGAGCAAAUCUCCUAUUACGACAAUCCAGUAUCGGACCUUCUCUCUGGUGGCGCGCUGCCCAGUACUUCUUUCUUGUGCUCAAGAUGGAAACCUUUCUUUCUUCAGCAUCAUGACAGAUGCUAAGGGAUACUUGACUCUCAUAUGCUCCCUAAAACUGGCCUCACGGCUGCAGACUAUCCGUGCUUCUUUCUGUCCACUUCUUUCCCUUGAGAAAGGAGAGUUCAUAGUUACUGGAAGCGAGGACGCAAAUGUCUACUUCUAUGAUUUGGCACGCCCAAAGAACUCAUGUGUGAAUAAACUACAGGGACAUGGUUCUCCAGUAAUUGGAGUUGCCUGGAAUCAUGGGGAGAAUUUUCUGGCCUCAUCUGAUUCAGAUGGCACAGUUAUUGUAUGGAAGCGAUCGAAAACUAAUUAG